AUGCAGCGCAUGCAGAGGAUUACGGGGCGUUUCCUCACGAGGACGCCCAAUGAAGCUGAUGUCGAAUCCAUGUUGAAGGACUUCAACGACUCCAAGACUAUGUUGGAAAAGCUCGAAGCGUCAGCAAAGCAAUGGCGGGACGCGUGGACCAACAUCCUCAACCAUCAACUCACUUCGGUCGAGCUACUAUACACCAUUUUCAAACCACUUGGCGGCGAAGGCUCCAACAGCACCCAUGUACAUGCCGAAACUCCGUCUGCCGUCCUGGAGCGUGUCCAUGCCCUCCAUGAGGCCUUUUCGGAACUGAAGACGGAUAUGAUGGAGGAGGUCAAAGACAUCGACAGGAAACUGGUCAUACCGGCGAAGCUCGCUCGAGAUGCAUUGAAGCCCAUGGAGAAAGCCAUCAAGAAGCGGGAAGAUGCGAAGGUCGAUUAUGAGCGCUACAAGAGCCGCUGCGAAGCCCUCCAUGCUAAGAAAACGCGUUCGGAGCGCGAAAACAGCGCUCUCGCCAAACACGAAGUCGAUCUCGAGCGCUCUACCCACGCAUACCAGCUUGCUGACGAGAAUCUACGAGAACGUCUACCACGUCUGAACGCCGCGACCUUCUCAAUCCUACCGCACCUCCUAGCGAACCAGAUCGUCCUACAGAAUAACUUGAUUGGGAACUUGUAUACUGUACUGCACCAGUACUCACACGAGCAAGGAUACCCCGACCCACCACCUGAGCCGGAAGAAGUCAUACCAUUAUGGGACUCAAACUUCACACCACUGCGCCAGGAGAUGGAAACAAGCUUGGGCUUGCUCAAGACCGGCAAGGCAGUCCACAUGCCGAUGCGACUACCGGAUAAGGGAGAUACACUGACAGGCCUAGGCAUUAGAAAUAAGGUCAUGCCUGGUAGGAGAGCCAGCAGCAACGACAGUGUGCCUACCAUCACCGGAGGCGGACGACCUGCGCGACCAUCCCAGACCCUUUCGUCCACUUCCGAAAGCGGUCCACCUAUAAGCCUCUCUAGCAAGCCUUCAUACAGCUCUCUUAGCGCCUCGAAGCCAAAGAUAGGUGGCUCACCCCAUCUGAGCGCUGGGCAGGACAUGUAUGGCCGCCGUGCCUCCUCCACCUCUCAGGCUUCCUCGUACUCAAACGGAACAAAUGGCGAUUCCUACUUUAACAAAACCCCUGUCUCGAAUGGAUCGACUCCAAGCGGUUAUCCCUCAUCGCCUAACCCAGCAGCAGGGAAGAAAAAGCCGCCUCCACCGCCCCCUAAGAAGAUUGGAUCGUUCCAGUCUGAGUACGUGACGGCCAUGUAUGAUUUCGAUAGUCUUACUCCUGGCGACUUGAACUUUAGAGAGGGCGACCGGAUUCGUGUGGUGAAGAAGACUGAAAGCUCGCAAGACUGGUGGGAGGGCGAGAUACACGGACAAAAGGGCAGCUUUCCCGCUAACUACUGCAAAUGA